GUUCAAACGGCGUGUGCGCGGACCGCGUGUGCCCGCACGGCGGUGAGUGCGUGGCGGCGGGCGGGCGCGGCGUGUGCCGCUGUCCGCGCUUCAACGAGUUCGCGCCCGUGUGCGGCUCCGACGGCAUCUCCUACGGCAACCGCUGCAAGCUGCAGUUAGAGGCGUGCCGGCAUCGACGAGACGUGCAAGUGCUUUAUGACGGGCCUUGUAACGGCUGUGAGAAUAAAAAGUGUGAGUUUUAUGCCGUUUGUGAGAGCGACGGAAUUUCUGAAGCGAGUUGUGUUUGUCCAAAGCACUGCGAGGAAGGCACUGAAACUGAAGAGGUUUGCGGUAACGAUAACAAGACUUACAGUAGUGUUUGUGCCUUGCGUGACGUCGCGUGUCGGGAAAAGAGACGACUUUACGUCAAGCACAUGGGUUCAUGUGAAUCUUGCGCUGGCGUACAGUGUCCGGCCGGUACGUGGUGUGCGCGUGGCGCGUGCGCAUGCGCAGCGCCGUGCGCGGCCGCGGCGCGCGAGCCAGUGUGCUCCACGGGAGCGCGCACCUACCAGCACGAGUGCGCGCUACUGAAAGCUGCGUGCGAGGCGCGAAUGCGCGGGGAACCACCAAUCCGCGUAGCGUAUUACGGCGAGUGCACUGAAACACAAACUGAUAAUACCACUUCAGGUACAAACAAGACAAUGCGCGUGGUAGAUCUUAACAAUGAGAUUAAGUCGGAGGACGAGUCGGCAGAGAACGCAAGUUCGGGCACGGCGGUGUGCGCGCGCGUUCAAUGCGCCUUUGAAGCCACGUGCGCCGUCGACUCUAACGGACAACCUAGAUGCGCGUGCCUAUUCGAUUGCGCAGCAGCCGCCGCCGCCCAUACAUCCACUCCAGUAUGCGCGUCUGACUUGAGGUUAUACCCAACGCUGUGUCACAUGAAGUUAGAGGCGUGCCGGCGGCAGGAGGAUUUGAGACUACGACCUCUGGCUUUAUGUCGUGGACUAGAGUUCAGACCGUGUGGUGAUGAUGAGCCUUUAACCGACCCGGAUGGGAAGCCGUUGGAUUGCGGCGGAGGUCCUCAUCGCAAAGACUGUCCCGUCGGCAGUUACUGUCAUCACACUGCUAAAGCUGCUAGAUGUUGCAGAAAAGACAAAUCAGUGAUGGAGCGCAAAGGCUGCCAGGAGUCAUGGCACGGGUGCUGCGCGGACGGGGUGUCGGCGGCGCGCGGGCCGGGCGGCGCGGGCUGUCCUCAGUGUGGCUGUCACCGCCUCGGCGCCGUGCACGAGGCGUGCGACGAGGCGGGCCAGUGCUCGUGCCGGCCGGGCGUCGGCGGGCCCAAGUGCGACCGCUGCGAGCCCGGCUACUGGGUGCCGAGGAUCGGGAACCCGCACACUGGAUGCAUACCAUGCGGUUGUUCAGCGUUCGGUUCAGUGCGAGAGGAUUGUGAACAAAUGACCGGGCGUUGUGUUUGUAAACCUGGCAUCCAGGGACAGAAAUGCACCGUGUGUUCUAACCACGAACAUACCCUUGGACCGAACGGAUGUUUCGACCCGGAAUCAACUCAACUACCAGCGACAAAUUGCGACCACAUGACGUGUUAUUUCGGCGCUCACUGUAUCGUGCGCAGCGGUCUUGCUACAUGCGACUGCAGUACUACGGAAUGUCCGCCAAAUGAAGCGCCUUCAGUUUGCGGCAGUGACGGUCGCACUUACCUUUCCGCUUGCCAUCUCCGCACACACGCAUGCAGGACCCAGUCUGACGUGGUAGUCCAAGCAUUCGGACCUUGCAGUGAGGAGGCACCACAUGUCCGACGAGAGAAGACCUACACUGUUUCUCAUAUGUCAAAUAACGAGUCGAUUUCUAAUUGCGUUGCUAAAACAAUUAGUAAACCUGAAACUAUACCAUAUGAUGAUGAAACUGACUAUUUAAUUAAUGAGAUUGAAGAAUACAGUUACGAGGAAUAUGAAGAAGAAAUAAGACCCAACAUGUACGAUCUGCCUCUGUUUGAUGGCCAAGCGGGGAUGACGGCUCGUACUACAUUAUCAGCUAAGCGAUUUGAUAUAUGGGCGGAGGUUUCUAUUGUGUGCGGUAGAGGAGCCUUAGUGAGUGCUUCCGGGAUGAGGGACCAUUUAUGGCUUGGUUUUGUCGAUAAUAAAACUGUAUUGCGUUUUGAUGUUGGAGGCGGCCCCUUGGAAUUGCGAUCUGGUAAAAUAAGAACGGAUGGUAGAUUUAAGAUAUCAGCGAAGAGGUACAAGAAAGAUGCUGUAUUAAAGGUGGGAUCAACGGUAGUCGAAGGGUCGGCUCAGGGCCGCAUGAAUUCAUUAGACGUAGACCCGUUCAUCUACAUCGGUCAGCCGCCUGCAAACGUUACGAAGUUAUCGGGAACAUCAGUGGCUGGGUUUGUGGGCUGCAUACACCGCCUUCGCGUGAGUGAUCGAGAUGUGAUACCUCCCUCGCAAGGAAUGAGUAUCACGUCACACGGAUUGCGCGCUUGCACACCGGAUAAUUUAGCUCGACUAGUAUGCCCUUAAAAUCUAUUUGCAAUUUUGUGCCAGUAAUAUCGUUCCUUUGAUUAACAGAAAUAUAUUUAUUCUGUAGAAUUUUUUGUCAACAGCCUUUGUUUAGUGAUCUUGUGACGUUUCUUAUAACUUUUUGAACGUAGGUUCCUAAAUAAUUUUAAUUUAUAUAAUGUGUUAUAGUCAUUAUCUAAGAUAUAAUAUUACCUAUGUUAUGUUGUUACCUUUUAGACUCGCUACAUUUUUACACGACUGGGAUUUUCGGAUUUUGGUUUUCACAGUAUUUUCAUAACAAUUGUUAGGGAUAAACAAAAUGGAAUUAUUUGUUUAAAAACAAAAUCAAAAUAAUGUAUAAGAAUGACUAUAAAUUACUCAAUAAUCCAUUUUAAAAUAGGUUCUAAUACUAUUUAGAUCGAGUGGACGAAUCAUUAUGUAACCAUCGGUACUUAAUAAUUUACUGAUUUUUAUGUUCUUUCUAAACAAAUUAAAGUAAUUUGUUAAGGUAAUUACUACGAAACAGUAUCAAAAGUCCGGACUCUAGAGAUAUACAAGGCACUUGCUAAAUAAAUUCUUAAUACUAAAGUCGGACGAUCAAAAGAUAUUUCAGAGCCUCGAGUCACUGUUGUUUUCUAUUUCAAAUCGAACAAACGAGACUGCAACAAAAUAAUACUGAAACUGGUACCAUAUCUAUUCUUAUCAUGUGCCAGUAAUGACACUUAUUAAAUAGUGUUUCUGUUUAUAUAUAAAAUAAUGUAUAAUACAUUAACUCUCAAAUACAUUCAAAUAUAGCAAAA